UCCGACCAUGUCUGGAGAACUCCCACCAAACAUCAACAUCCAAGAGCCUCGAUGGGACCAAAGCACUUUUGUGGGACGAGCCAGUCAUUUCUUCACUGUGACGGACCCCAGGAACCUGCUGCUGACCAACCAGCAGCUGGAGGACGCCCGGAAAACCGUGCACGAUUACAGACAAGGAGUGGUCCCUCCGGGGCUCACUGAGAACGAACUGUGGAGAGCAAAGUACAUCUAUGACUCAGCGUUCCACCCCGACACCGGAGAGAAGAUGGUUCUGAUAGGACGAAUGUCAGCACAGGUUCCCAUGAACAUGACCAUCACGGGCUGUAUGAUGACAUUUUACAGGACCACACCGGCGGUGCUGUUCUGGCAGUGGAUCAACCAGUCCUUCAAUGCCGUGGUCAACUACACCAACAGGAGCGGAGACGCCCCCCUCACUGUCAGUGAGCUGGGAACGGCUUACGUGUCUGCGACAACUGGUGCCGUGGCGACCGCUCUAGGACUCAACGCAUUGACCAAGCACGUGUCACCACUCAUAGGACGCUUCGUGCCCUUUGCUGCCGUAGCUGCUGCGAAUUGCAUCAAUAUCCCACUGAUGCGACAAAGGUUAGUCAUGGGCAUUUCUAGAAAUGACUUGUGCUUACAGUACAGACAGUCCUCGGAUUACUCGGCACAGGCUGCACAACAAGCCAUCGCACAAGUGGUCGUCUCCAGGAUUCUCAUGGCCGCGCCCGGCAUGGCCAUCCCCCCGUUCAUCAUGAACACCCUGGAGAAGAAGGCCUUCCUGAAGAGGUUCCCGUGGAUGAGUGCGCCCAUUCAGGUUGGACUGGUUGGCUUCUGUUUGGUAUUUGCCACGCCUCUGUGCUGUGCCCUCUUUCCUCAGAAAAGUUCCAUGUCCGUGACCAGCCUGGAGCCUGAGCUGCAAGCCAAGCUGCGGGAGAGCCACCCUGAGCUCCGCCACGUGUACUUCAACAAGGGACUGUGAAGGGGAGGACGCCGGCCCAGCCCGCCCGCUCGGACCUGGUGCGCCAGCGAGGGAGGCCUCCCGCCUGGCUUCUCCCGGGCGCAGACCUUCUCCACGACCCACGUCAGCCUGUAGAGUCGGCCGCUCCGUCCAGCACGGCGCCGGGUGGGCCAGCACCCCCGUCGCCCUCUCACAUCUGAGUCAUGGGAUAAUGAGCAGAAAUGGCCUUCCUGUAGCUUUUAUGGUGAUUGUUUCCUCAAAGACAACAGUCCAGCCCUCACCUCGAGUUUUUAAAAGUGCUGCUAGGCACAGAGUAGAUGCUCAAGAAAUUGAUUAUCAGUCAGUGCAAAGGAAAUCGGGUAAAAUACUGAAUUGUCAUCCCACUCUUGUUUCAGAGCAAAGCAAGGAGGCAGUGAUUUGGAAAGCACACAGCUCUGAUGCUAAACUAUAAAACAUAGCGCGUAGGGUAAACCCCGCGUCACGGAACGGACACGCGUGGCGCGGCGUCCUGCUCUCAGGAGCUGGGCACUCCCUGCUGCUGGACAUCUCUGGUCGAACCUUAAACUGCUUCUGUUUUACGUUCCUACGAAAACGUUGUACCUGUUGGCUUGAUACUCAAUUACAUCAAACACUCAGAUAACUGCCAUGUGCACGCGUCAGUGUAGGAAGCGUGUUGGGUCCUGGUGCGGCGUGCUGGGACGUUCGGGUUCGUCUGGCAGAUUUCAGGAGGGAGCGCAGGGCCAGCCCCUACGGGUCUUGUCUCAUCCUUGCUGAUCUCAUUGGCUUUCGGGAAGAUUCGGACAUCAUCCGUGUGAAUCGGUGGCUAAAUGAUUUUACUUGAAGGUUGUGUACUGCAUCUGCCCUGUUUGAAAUAAGGCUCCAUGGACCACUGUUUACAUCCCUGUAGUAGUUUCACAUUUAAUAUAGUUCAUGCAGUAGAGACUGUGUUUCCGGUCUGUCCGUGUUCACAGGUGUAGGCCAGGCGGUGCGCCCUUGCAGGUAUUGAUUCCACUGUAAUUCGGAGAUGUGUACGUGGAAAAACGUACAACAGUGCUGGCAGAUCUCUGGCCAUGAGACGGGUGAGUUCCCCAUCCAGAAACAGGGUGUGCCUCGGGUGCGUUCCUCUUCUCCGAGGGGUGGAUGGGCCACUCGGAGCCUUCCUUUAUGCCUCCAAAAUGUUCUCCGUUUUUCCGUCUUAAACCCUUUGAAGCAAAAGAGGUUCCCACACACAUGCCGGUCUUGCGUGUGUUGUGUUGCCAUAGAUGCUGCUCUUGAAGAAGUGCUCAAAGCCUGAAAUUCAAGGCCAUCGCCCUGAGGUGCUUCUGGGGUGCUCCUACUGAGAGCCCAGCCCGGGAGGCCCUCCCACGCCCGGCUACCCCAGAAGGCUCACCCCUCCCUGGGAGCCCCCUCCCCCCCCCAGCAUCCUCACCUUUGCUGAAACAGCAAUGGCUGGGCAGCAGGUGGAUAAACGGCCAUUUUUAGGUGCCAUUAUGAAAGGGAUAGCAACUGUGGAGCUAUGUCUACUUAACAUUAUCGUAGGAGCUCUGGCUCCUGGCGCUUUUAUUUCCUGUCAGCGUCACUGUGGUUU